AUGCAAGUAGGUGGAAGUGGUAGUUUCCGAGGCAAGGUCGCCGCGCUCGGCAGCACCAGCAAAACCCAGCCCCGGCCCAAGUGCGCCAACCCGACCAUCCGGCCCGAGUGGAACAACAUGGCCGACGCUCACAAGCUCGCAUAUGUGCGAGCGGUCAAGUGCUUGAUUGACACGCCACCGCUGGGCGUCUGGGACAAUGCGACGAGCAUCUGGGAUGAGAUUGCGUGGGUGCACGACCAACUCAACGAACGCAUCCACGGCGUCGAUACCUUUCUGCCCUUCCAUCGGUACUAUGUCCAUAUGCUCAAGACGCUGCUGGCAGAGCACUGUGCCUACACCGGACCGAUGCCCUGGUGGCGCGAGACAAACUACACGGGCAACUUUCCCGCGUCCGGUCUCUUCACGGCAGACUACUUUGGCGCGCUGCCCCCGUUGUCUGAGACGGGCGAGGGGACGUGUAUCACGGACGGGGCAUUCGCCAACUUCACGGUCCGCGCCCCGGACCCGAGCAACCCAUCGUGCCUCUCCCGCGGCGAGACCAAGCAGACGACCGACGAAGCGACGACCGCGUACCUGGACCUCUGCCACGGCAACGCCACCACCGAAUACACGCAGCACCGGCGGUGCGUCGAGCAGACAAUCCACGCCGUGAUGCACGAGGGCAUAGGCCCCACCAUGUGGCUGCUGUCGACGUCGCCCAACGACCCGGUCUUUUUCAUGCACCAUGGCUUCGUCGACUGGCAGUGGAAGCGCUGGCAGGAUGCUGUUCCUAGCCGGUCCAUGACGAUCACUGGCUGUGCGGAAUAUCCUGGCAACGGUAGCCCGUGCCUCCCAUUGACGCCAGAUACAGUUUUGACGACGAUGGGUCUGAUCCCUGACAUGACCGUCGGGGAGGUGCUCGACACGGAAAACGACAUCAUGUGCUAUACCUACGAUGAGUUCUGA